GUCCUUUGCUUGAGUUGGACUAAGAUGGCGUCAACGCAGUUAACGGACGAGGAGCUUUACUCUGAAUUGAAGCGCCUCGGUUUCACUCCGGGUCCGGUUACCGAAAGCACUCGGCCGGUGUAUUUAAAGAAGCUCAAGAAGCUUCGCGAGGAGCGCCAACGAGGAGUUCGAGUCGCCAAAACCAGCAGUGGCGGCAACACGGCGGGAGACAGGCCAGCCAGCCAUAACGUCACGCACCUGAGCUCCAGCAGGAGACCGGGCCGGAAGUCCACCGUUCUCGGCUUCAGCUCGGACGAGUCUGACGUCGAAGCUCCGUUAAUAAGGAAGGCUUUCAACCACGGCGGGGCGCCGCGGAGGACCCCCGCUUUAAAAAUAAAGCUCGAUAAAGAGAAAAGUCGACAUGGCGCGGGGAAUCCACUGAACAGCAACAAUUCUACGUUGGCUCCGGGGGGUAACCGACGGAUCUCCUCGUGCUGGGGACCCGGCGUUAAAACGACUACCGAAGCGGAUGGAGUGAAUUACGAUGAAUCUGAGGACGAAUUUAAAAGGGGCCUGGAGAAGUCCUCGCGCUCUUUAAAUGGCAGUAGGGCGUCACACUUGCAUACAAGUAAGCUAGCUGCUGGGGAUUACUCCGACUCCGACGAAGAGGCGGCGGAAGAGGGUUGGGGCCUUGGUGGAGACCCACAGCGGGGUAGUCUGGAGCCCAGACGGGGCCACGCGAAGGCGCCGAGCCCACCCGGGAGUCUAAACAUGGUGAGCAGACGGAAGGAGGGGGCUGAGAGCGACGACGCGAUGAGAAGCUAUCCGAGGAAGACCAUCUACGUGUCGCUUAACGACAACCACAGAGGAGAAGCGGAGAACAACCACGCCGACCGCCAGGACGUCAGCCGCUUCAGCAUUGGGCUGAGACCGCGAUUUUCCAAGUACAGCAGCCUGGCCAAUACCUAUAGCGGCAACCACUCCAACCACACCACCCCCAACCACUCAUACAGCCAGCCCCAGAAGGAAAAGCUUUCUUCUGCACCGGUAGAUGAGCUUUUCCAGCAGUUCAAAAGGGAAGAGGUGGCCACCUCCAGCGGGUUCAGUGCCCACUACCUGUCCAUGUUUCUCCUCACGGCUGCAUGCCUCUUCUUCCUUGUCCUGGGCUUCAUGUACCUCAGGAUGAGGGGCACUGGGUCAUCAGAGGUGGAUGGAGUCAUUAAGAGUCAUCCUUUUGGCAUCGAGUUCGACCAGACGCAUAACAAGACCGUUAGGGACCUCAUCUUGAACCUGCUGCUAGAUCUCCAUGAUCAUCUGGCGCACAUCGCUGGCCAACAUGACUGUGGAGACCAGCAAUAUCCCAACAGAAGUCUGUCCAUACAAGAAGCCUCUGCUUAUUUGACGUCUCAAAAUGCGACGUUCGAGGACUUAGUCUACACGUCGCUUGAAUGGAUCAUCAAGACAGGCCAAGAUGUUGGGAUAAGGCUGUCCGGUAAGGUCGCCGAUGAAACAAUGACCGACGUGUCCGAGGUCGCUUGGCUGGAAUCCACGCAUCCAAGGAUGUCCUUCACGUGCCGCUUCCGCCGAGCUUUCCUCACCGUCAUCAGUAGAGUUUCCCUCCUGGCAGCCGCGGUCGGCGGCGUGUGGGGCCUGGUGUGCUACGUUAAGUAUCGCUGGAGGAGAGAGGAGGAGGAAACCAGACAGAUGUAUCACAUGGUGGAGAGGAUCAUCGAUGUUCUAAAGAGCCAUAAUGACGCUUGUCAAGAGAAUCAAGAUCUUCAGCCGUACCUGCCUAUACCCCACGUCAGAGACUCCUUGGUUCAACCUCAGGACCGGAAGAAAAUGCAGAGAAUCUGGGAGCGCGCCGAGAAGUUUCUGUCGGCCAACGAAUCCAGAAUUCGAACGGAGCGCGUGAGAAUCGGGGGAUCCGACUUUCUUGUUUGGAGGUGGAUCCAGCCAUCUCUCAGCUGCGACAAGACCUCCAAAGUUUGGCAGGGAGAAGCUUUCACUCUCGACUGGCGGAAUUCGCCACCAAACAGCCUGACGCCGUGUCUGAAGAUCCGGAACAUGUUUGACCCGGUCAUGGAGGUCGGGGAGAACUGGGAUCUCGCCAUCCACGAGGCCAUCCUGGAGAAGUGCAGCGACAACAGCGGCAUCGUCCACAUCGCGGUGGACAAGAAAUGUCGAGAGGGCUGCGUCUACGUGAAGUGCCUCUCCGCCGAGCACUCAGGGAAAGCCUUCAAGGCGCUUCAUGGCUCUUGGUUUAAUGGUAAGCUGGUGACGGUGAAAUACCUGCGUUUGGACCGCUACCACCAGCGCUUCCCGCAGUCAAAGGCCUGCAACACACCCCUGAAGGCCUCCAGCGUCCACGCAAACGCCACGAACACUACGGCCAGCUCGCCCACGAGGGGCGCGGCCAACUCCUCAGGCUUCUCGUGAGAAGUGUUUCCCUCUGUUGGUCCUUUCUAACCGGACCACGUAAUGUUUUUUUUUUUUUUACAUUUCUAUAUGACUUAUUUUCCCAGAGUCUUUUCCAGUGUUGGUUUUUCUACAAAUGUCGCUAUCGGAACUGUCCCGGAUGUAACUAUUUCCCCUCUGGGUUUGUUUAAAUGCGUGCGCAAGGACUCCCAAUCGCGCGUCUCUUCCACAGUCGGCGGAGUCGGCCGCGCCUCGUAGAGAAUAUACCGUACGGCCGCCGCAUGCAUGGGCGUACGCCUCCGUGUCGGAACCGAGAUUUCCCUCCCGUUUUUUUUUUUUUUUGUGACGAAUGAACAGACGAUGAAGACAUGCUGUAAAUACAUGGGAAUGACGGCACAAGCUUUAUGGAAUAACCUGCAUUAAGAGCAAAACACAAGCCUCUGCACCCCCACCCCCCCUCAACCCCUUUUUUAAUCGUUGAUGCAGCUGUUUAUUGUUACUGUUUAUUCCUUCUUUCCUCUGAUGCCCUCCAUCUUAACUUGCAGUGCUCCUGACAUCACAGAAUCAGGGGAGUGUUGUGUUGUACAUUUGCCCCGAAGCUUUCUUCAGUUGUAAUCCAAUAUUAUAUGUUACGAGUGUAUUAUUUACCUCUGUCAAGUCUGGACCCCCCGUCUCUCAUGAUUUUUUUUUUUUUAACGUCUACUAUCUUGCCCCUUUUAAAAUGAUGCCACCGUGACCUUUGGAGCACUCUAAAUACAUUGAUAGUUUGUUACUUGUAAUAUUCCAAGGUCUAUUAAGAGACAUAACUGCUUUUUUUUUUUUUUUUUUAAUACAGCACCUCUUUAUCAACACUAAGAUGCACCUAAAUCAUGUUUCUAAAUGCAGUGAGUUGAAAGUCGCAUUCAGUAUUUGCAGUGAACAGUUGUGUGAAUGAUGCACAUUGACAGAUGUUCACAACCUGGUGCAAAACAGUUAGCAGCAAACAUCCCAACCGUGCCUUAAAUGUGUGUUACCUUUUUUUUUUUUUUUUUUAAAGAUGGGCACUGCAUCGCUGUGGGGAAAUGUUGAAACUGGUUUAAGGGGGUAAGGAAAGCUGGCCCUAGAUGUAGUUUUGGUAGAUUUCUGAGAUUUGGUAUUUUGUAGCAGUUUUGUCUGAUUUAUUAAACCAAAUGCUCCUCUAUUUAUUUUUUUUAAAUCAGCCAUGGUGAUGUACUAUUUGAUGUCACUAGAACUGUUACAUAAUGUGUUAGCUUUUUAUUUUUUUUCCAUUAAGGAUUGACCUUACAUCCGCUGCCAGACAAUUGUCAGGAUGUGUAAAACAAUAAAGAUCACUUUCAGUAAAAAUGUAA